AGCUGGCAUUGACCUGGAGCCAAGCCACAGACUCAGCAAUCCAUACAGCAAGCAUGCCUCCCUGCCCCCAGCUAAUCAGCACCACUAGAGACUGACACAUAUGCAGAGGACAGAGUUCUACAUGAAUAAAGAGAGUGAUGGCAGGGAAUGCCGGCUCUACCGUAGACCUACAAAGUAUUGUAUCUGCAAAUAUCUGCUGCAUAUGCAAGGGAUGAGAAGCAGAGAUGAGGAGGUAGAGUAAGGAGCAAGAGUAGAACUAGUGACGUACAUUGGUAGAGGGACACAGGAGCUGCCAGAAGCAGAGAGAGGUGCAGGAAAAGACACAGAGAGGGGUGAGCCCUCACACUGCAGCAAAUGUUCGGACAUUUCCUACGUAAUGACUCUGAGGCGGAGUUGGCAGGCAUAAUUAAGGGUGUCGGGUUUGAUGGUAGCUUACACAUCCAAGAGAAUAAUCACAGUGAUCAGGACCAAGAGAAAGAAGACUGGCUCCAUAACAGGCAGCACCAGGAAUGUGGUAGAAUAUACAACAAGCAGUUGGAGCAAGAAAGGCAGAGCAGAAGAGGCCAACAGCAGCAGGAGGAAGAGAGUCUAUGGAAAGAACAGCAGGAUGAAGAAAUACUCUUGAGAGAAAACCAGGGAGAAUAUCUCAUUAAGAGACAGCAUGAAGGGGAUGUAAGGCUACACAGAAAACAGCUUGAUGAGGAGGAAAGGCUCCGCAGAGAGCACCAGGAAGAAAAGAUCCGUGGGCAACAGUAUGAGGAGGAGAGGCUUUACAGAGAGCACCAGCAGGAUGCAUGGCUUCGACGUGAGCAGCAAGAGCAGAAACUACGCAAACAGCAAUUGGAGCAAAUUGAAACCCUACAAAGAGAUCAUCUAAGACUCCCCAAAGCACAGUACGAAGACAAGAGGGUCCUUAAGGAAAAGGUCUCACAACUGGAUUAUGAUAUCUUGCCUAAUAUGAUCAGGCACAUUAAAGAUGACACUGAACAGGAGGAUGGCUGGGAAGAUGAAGAUUCUGGUUUAACAAUGCUGCCUACAAAGUUGUGUUGCCCACAAGCACUGACUCCACUCAGCCCUUCUAGACCCAAGAGUCCAUGGGGCAGGUUUGAUCCAUAUGACUCCUUUGAGGAGGACAGAGAAUAUGUGGGAUUUGCCACCCUUCCCAACCAGAUGCACAGAAAAUAUGUGAAGAAAGGCUUUGAAUUUACUCUCAUGGUUGCAGGAGAAUCUGGUCUAGGAAAGUCAACAUUAAUUAACAGUUUGUUCUUAACGGAUCUAUAUCGAGAUCGUCACAUACUAAGCCCAGAAGAACGUGUCACACAGACAGUUGAGAUAGUGAAGCAGACAGUGGACAUACAGGAGAAAGGUGUGCGACUGCGCCUGACGGUAGUGGAUACACCAGGCUAUGGGGAUGCUAUAAAUAAUGAAAUAUGUUGGAAACCAGUGGCAGAUUAUAUUGACCAGCAAUUUGAGCAGUAUUUCAGGGAUGAGAGUGGAUUAAACCGCAGGAAUCUUCAGGACACACGUGUGCACUGCUGUCUCUAUUUCCUGUCACCGUUAGGGCAUGGGAUGAGACCCAUGGACAUAGAGUUUCUGCAAGCGCUACAGGACAAAGUAAAUAUUGUGCCCAUCCUGGGGAAAGCAGACAGCCUGACACCUACAGAGCUGCAACAAAAGAAGCAGAGGAUUCGAGAUGAAAUAGAUAAAUACGGAAUUCGAAUUUACCAGUUUCCAGAAUGUGACCCUGAUGAAGAUGAAGACUUUAAGCAGCAGGAUAUAGAACUGAAAAAAAGCAUUCCAUUUGCCGUCAUUGGAUCCAACACCAUCAUAGAGGUUAAUGGGAGGCGUGUAAGAGGCCGUAUGUACCCCUGGGGGGUUGUUGAAGUGGAGAAUGAAGAACACUGUGACUUUAUAAAGCUGCGUACUAUGCUGAUUCGCACUCACAUGCAGGAUUUGAAGGAUGUUACAAGAGAAACUCACUAUGAGAACUACCGUGCCCAGUGCAUCCAGAACCUGACACAGCGAGUGGUGAGGGAGCGGAACCGCAAUAAGCUGACCAGAGAGAGUGGGACAGACUUCCCAAUCCCAAGCAUGCCUCCAUCACCAGAUCAUGAAACCCAAAGACUUAUCCGAGAAAAAGAUGAGGAGCUGCGGCGAAUGCACGAGGUUCUGCAGAAGAUGCAGAGGCAGAUGAAGGACUCACAAUAAUCUAAACUGUUCCACUCCAGGGCAAAAGCUCCUCAUGUUACCCUUCGUUUUACCUUUCACUCAGUGACCAAAGGUUUAAUAUAGAAGAACCUAGAAAUCCAGGUGCCUGCUGCAAGGAAGGGCAGGUAUCAGAUGGCUGGUACAUCAAUGGCAGGCAUAUUAAGGAGUUAUAAGCAGGAUUCCCAGAAAAACAACCCAGUUGGGUUGAUAUUAUAAGGGUAUCGCCAAGAAAGCACAAAGGGGAAGCUUUAGAGCAGGGCUGUCACCUAGAAUUAUCAGCUUAAGACAAGUGCAAAUUAAACAUUAUUAUGUGGUCUUUAGUGGACACAUAUGUGUACAAUUCACAUCACAAAUCCCCACCUUGUGUCGACCAGCUACUGCUGAACUGCAAUUGCCAGCACCCUACUGACAUAAGAGGAUUGUUAGUGGUGAGCUGGGAGCUUUAGUUUAAUAACAACUAGUGUUUCUGCAUUGCCUGUGCUCUUCAGUUCUGUAACGCCAGCUCUGUGUGUUCUCUUUAGUCUCCUGAUGUUGCUUUACAGCUUCCGCUCUCUGGCUGCCAGCAUAGGCCCGGCUUAGGGAAUGCUGCUUCUAAAUAGGCAUUUCACUAUAAUCCAGGCAAGGUUUAGGUGCAACAUGUGCCCUGUACUGUUUGGGAAGGAUGAUAAUAAAAUUACACAGAAUAGUACAUUAAUGUAUAUUAAACAAAGGGAUCAUGGUGGCAUGUAGCCAAGGAAAGUACCCAGUACCCUAUGUAUUGCAUUCUGCCUUUACACCUGUGGGAUGAUAUGUGUUUUCCUGCAUGCCUUAUUUACCUGGCAUCUGUGCUUUAAUAUCCAAAUUUGCUGAAAUAAAAUUUACUGGCAAAGAACACACAAUCCAAAUGAAAAAUAUAAGAAUUUAUAUCUCCAUCUGCAAUUUGUUCUAUUGUCACCUAUGUUCAUCCUACUCUAGCUCAUCCUACUUUAGCUUUUCACUUCCUCUGCAUAUACUUAUUUCAUCCUUAUAUACAAUUCCUUAUCUAGUCACUUCCUUCAUAUAAACAUAAUUUUUUUAUUUGCAACUUAUAUUUAUGUAGAUCUUUAUUUUUAUGGUGCCAGCAGUUCUUCUGAGGCUGCUGUGCCUCAAACCACCCCUGCACUUAACAUUAGCAUAUUGGCCCAUGGCAAAACAGCACUUUAUAGUGCUACCUGUAUACAUGUACUGUUCAUUGCACUUUGUUUACAUCAUAUUAGUGGUACAGGGCAGCACAGCGGCUCAGUGGGUAGCUUUAGCGACGCAGGGGGUCCUAAUUUCUGGGCACUGAUUGCAAGGAGUUUGUUUGCCCCAUGUUUGCUUAGGUUUCUUCCCACACUCCACAAACAUACAGGCAGUUAAAUUUACUCCUAAUAAAACUGAGUGUGAAUGUCAUAGGGACCUAAGACAUUAAGCUCCACUGCAGCAGGUAGUGAUGUAUAAACUCUGUAAAUCACUGCAAAAAUGUGUUGGUGCUAUAUACAGUAAAUAACAGUUAUUAUUACAAACAGGGGGAAUAAACAUUGCCAUAAAUAUAUACAACUACAAAGAUAAAGUGCCACAUGUUAAGAGCUGAAAGAGGCCAUUGCCCUGUAGAGCUUACAAUCUGAUUAAGUUUGUAACUUACAGACACCAAUAGGAGGGAUAGAAGUGCUGCCAUAUGCUUCAGUGCAUUUCCUCCUCAUCUAUUCACUUAUCAUUUGUACCCUUGUCAUGUACUUGGAGUUUGGUUCUCUAUUUUCAUCCAGUUAUUUAUGGGAGACAUGCUGAAGUUCAAGGAAAAUUAAAGUUUUUGUUAUGUUCCUUUCCAUUCCAAAGUGAUAUUGAUUAAAGCAACAUUCUAUUGCUGUUUUCCA